CUCUCUCUCUCUCUCUCUCUCAGCGUCUUUCUCUCUCCCUAUCAAAAUCCCUUCUUCUCUCUUAUUUUACGCGAUCCUCUUCAAAACCCUAGUUUCGUUUCGGAUCGCUCCACCUCACUUGCGAUUUCUCCAAGGAUACUCAAUUCUUCUCUUUUUUUUUUUAUCCUCCUCUUCUAGUUCUCGUUCGUCUGCCUCACCGAUCGCCAUCAAUCCAAGAGAUGCUCCCCUGCCUUUAAAAUCCUAAAUCAUCAUGAAGCUUAGAAGGAGAAGGACUUCGGAAGUGCCUCCCAAAAUCAAAUCUUUCAUCAAUAGUGUUACUGCUGUUCCACUCGAGCAAAUACAAGAACCCCUUGCAUGUUUCCGCUGGGAAUUCGACAAGGGUGACUUUCAUCACUGGGUGGACCUCUUCAAUUACUUUGACUCAUUUUUUGAGAAGCACGUUAAAGUAAGGAAGGAUCUGCAUAUUGAGGAAAACUUUGAGGAAUCUGAUCCACCUUUCCCAAAGGAUGCUGUUCUGCAAGUUCUCCGAGUUAUCAGAGUUGUUUUAGAGAAUUGCACAAAUAAACAUUUUUAUAGUUCUUAUGAGCAGCAUCUUUCUCUCCUGCUUGCAUCUACUGAUGCUGAUGUUGUUGAAGCCUGUCUGCAGACGUUGGCUGCCUUUUUGAAAAGGCAAGUUGGAAAGUACUCAAUAAGAGAUGCUUCCCUGAAUUCGAAACUAUUUUCCCUUGCACAAGGCUGGGGGGGAAAAGAGGAAGGCCUUGGCUUGACGUCCUGUGCCACAGAAGACAGUUGUGAUCAGGUUUCUCACCAGCUAGGUUGUACUCUUCAUUUUGAGUUUUAUGCUUCUAAUGAAUCAUCAAGUGAGCUUCCUGGCGGUUUACAAGUUAUCCAUGUACCUGAUGUCAGCAUGCGUACAGAGUCUGACCUGGAACUUCUGAACAAAUUAGUCAUUGAUCACAAUGUUCCUCCCAGUUUACGAUUUGCGUUGUUGACCAGAUUGAGAUUUGCAAGGGCGUUCUCUUCUUUGGCAACCCGGCAGCAGUAUACAUGCAUUCGCUUAUAUGCUUUCAUUGUAUUGGUUCAAGCAACUGGUGACACUGAGAAUGUUGUUUCUUUCUUUAAUGGCGAACCCGAGUUUGUAAAUGAGUUAGUUACGCUGGUAAGCUAUGACGAUACUGUUCCAGAGAAGAUAAGGAUACUAUGCUUGCUUUCCUUGGUUGCACUAUCGCAAGAUCGAACUCGGCAGCCGGCUGUUAUAACUGCAGUCACCUCUGGGGGGAAUCGUGGUUUGCUAUCUGGCCUAAUGCAGAAAGCGAUUGAUUCUGUUAUUCGUAAUACCUCCAAGUGGUCUCUGGGUUUUGCGGAAGCCUUGUUAUCCCUUGUUACAGUCCUGGUUUCGUCAUCGUCUGGAUGUUCUGCCAUUCGAGAAGCUGGUCUUAUUCCGACCCUAGUGCCUCUCAUCAAAGAUACAGAUCCCCAGCACUUGCAUUUGGUCAGUACCGCUGUGCAUAUAUUAGAAGCCUUCAUGGAUUACAGCAAUCCAGCUGCUGCUUUGUUCAGAGAUUUGGGUGGCUUAGAUGAUACUAUCUUUCGGUUGAAACUGGAAGUCUCUUGUAAGGAAGACGAUGUGAAUGAAAAAAAUUGCAGUUCUGAUAGUAAUGGGCCAAAUACUGAACAGCUUCCCUAUUCUGAAGCAUUAAUUUCGUAUCACAGGAGAUUGUUGUUAAAAGCUUUGUUACGUGCAAUUUCUCUUGGAACUUAUGCUCCUGGUAACACUAACCUCUAUGGUUCCGAGGAAAGCUUGUUGCCUGAAUGCUUAUGCAUUAUCUUUCGGAGGUCAAAAGAUUUUGGGGGUGGAGUAUUCUCGCUUGCUGCCACUGUCAUGAGUGAUCUCAUUCAUAAAGAUCCCACUUGUUUCAAUGCUUUAGAUUCAGCCGGUAUAACGUCUGCAUUUCUUGAUGCUAUAUCUGAUGAGGUCAUCUGCUCUGCAGAAGCCAUAACAUGUAUUCCGCAGUGUCUGGAUGCUCUGUGUCUCAACAAUAAUGGUCUUCAAGCUGUAAAGGACCGAAAUGCCUUGAGGUGUUUUGUGAAAAUUUUUACGUCUUCGUCUUAUCUGCGGGCUCUUACUGGCGAUACACCUGGUUCUUUGUCAAGUGGGCUUGACGAACUCUUAAGGCAUCAAUCUUCAUUGCGCACUUAUGGAGUUGAUAUGUUCAUUGAGAUCCUCAAUUCCAUGUUGGUUAUUGGAUCUGGGAUGGAGGCCACCACCUCUAAGUCAGCGGAUGUGCCUACUGAUGCUGUUCCUGUUCCUAUGGAAAUUGACGUUGAUGAGAAGAGCUUGGCAGUUUUGGAUGAGGCAGAAUCAUCUUCUGACACUUCUCCAGCAAACACUGAGCUGUUUCUUCCAGAUUGUGUGUGUAAUGUUGCUCGUCUUUUUGAAACAGUUCUUCAGAAUGCGGAAGUAUGUUCCCUGUUUGUUGAGAAGAAAGGAAUCGAUGCUGUUUUGCAGCUAUUCUCUUUACCUCUUAUGCCGCUAACAAAUUCCCUUGGUCAAAGUUUUUCUGUCGCUUUUAAGAACUUCUCCCCUCAGCAUUCGGCUGGUCUAGCCCGUAUAGUGUGCUCCUACUUACGAGAACAUCUGAAGAAGACAAAUGGCCUUUUGGUUUCCAUUGAAGGCACUCAGUUUCUUAAAUUAGAGUCUGCGCUCCAGACGAAGAUUUUGAGAUCUCUUUCCUGCCUAGAAGGCAUGUUGUCCCUCUCCAACUUUUUGUUGAAAGGAACAGCUUCAGUUAUCUCAGAAUUGAGUGCUGCUGAUGCUGAUGUACUGAAAGAACUUGGUAUAACAUACAAGCAAACGAUUUGGCAGAUGGCCUUGUGUAAUGAUACAAAGGAAGAUGAAAAAACGAGUGUAGAUGAAAAAACGAGUGUAGGUCGAGGAUCUGAUAAUUCAGUUUCAGCAUCAUCCAGUAAUGUUGAAAGAGAGAGUGAUGAGGAUUCAAACAAUGCUUCCGCAUUCAGAUACACAAACCCUGUAUCUAUUAGAAGCAGUAGCUCUCAGUCUAUUUGGGGUGGGGAUCGCGAAUUUCUGUCUAUUGUGCGUUCUGGCGAUGGUAUUCACGGUCGUACUCGACAUGCAAUAGCCCGAAUGAGGGGUGGUAGAACUCGUCGUCAUGUGGAGUCUUUUAAUUUUGAUUCUGAUAUUCCAACUGAUCUACCAGAAACGUCAUCUUCCCAUGAGCUGAAAAAGAAAAGCACUGAAGUUCUCAUUGUUGAAAUUUUAAACAAGCUGAAUUGUACACUACGUUUUUUCUUCACGGCCCUUGUGAAAGGAUUUACCUCUGCUAAUCGUCGUAGGAUUGAUGGAGCAUCAUUGAGUUCAGCAUCUAAGACGCUUGGUACCGCUUUAGCUAAAGUAUUUCUUGAAGCUCUUAACUUCGAGGGUUAUGGUGCUACUGCUGGGCAUGACAUCUCUCUGUCAGUGAAGUGCCGAUACCUUGGAAAAGUGGUAGAUGACAUCACUUCCCUGACAUUUGAUACUCGAAGAAGGGUCUGUUUUACAGCUAUGGUGAAUAGUUUUUAUGUCCAUGGAACAUUUAAGGAACUUCUCACAACAUUUGAAGCUACAAGCCAGUUGCUUUGGACAGUGCCGUUUUCAAUUCCUGCAUCUAAUACUGAGAAUCAGAAGCCAGGUGAAAGGAAUAUAUGGUCUCACAGUACGUGGUUGGUAGAUACUCUGCAAAACUAUUGCCGAGCACUGGACUAUUUUAUUAAUUCUACAUAUCUUUUAUCCCCAGCCUCUCAAACGCAGCUUCUUGUGCAGCCAGCUUCAGUUGGUUUGUCGAUUGGACUUUAUCAUGUACCAAGGGAGCCUGAGACUUUUGUGCGAAAUCUGCAGUCUCAGGUUCUGGAUGUCGUACUACCUAUAUGGAACCACACUAUGUUUCCAAAUUGCAAUCCUAAUUUUGUUGCUUCAGUUACUUCGCUUGUUACACAUAUAUACUCUGGUGUUGUGGAUGCUAGACAAAAUCGAAGUGGUGUUACCCGGGGUACAAACCAAAGAGCCUUGCCUCUACAACCUGACGAAGCCAUUGUUGGUAUGAUUGUUGAAAUGGGAUUUUCAAGGGCAAGGGCUGAAGACGCGUUACGAAGAGUUGGAACAAACAGUGUUGAAAUGGCUAUGGAGUGGUUGUUUACCAAUCCUGAGGAUCCUGUGCAGGAAGAUGACGAAUUGGCCCAAGCACUUGCCCUAUCUCUUGGAAGUUCAUCUGACACUCCAAAACUUGAGGAUACAGAAAAGCCUGUAGAUGUUCCGCAGGAAGAAGCGGAGCCAAAAGAACCACCUGUUGAUGAAGUUAUUGCUGCAUCAGUGAAGUUAUUUCAGAGUGAUGAUUCUAUGGCUUUCCCGUUGGUGGAUUUGUUUGUGACACUUUGUAACCGAAACAAAGGGGAAGAUCGGCCAAAAAUAGUGUCGUAUCUUAUUCAGCAACUGAAGCUUGUACAACUUGAUUUCUCCAAGGAUACUGGUGCUUUGACUAUGAUACCACAUAUUUUAGCAUUAGUACUCUCUGAAGAUGAUCACACACGAGAAAUUGCUGCACAAGAUGGUAUUGUGACCGUAGCAAUUGGUAUCUUGACGGAUUUCAACCUUAAGAGUGAAUCUGAAUCAACUGAGAUUCUAGCUCCAAAAUGCAUUAGUGCUUUGCUUCUUGUCUUGAGCAUGAUGCUGCAGGCACAGACAAGACUCUCGUCUGAAUAUGUGGAAGGAAAUCAAGGUGGAUCUUUAGAGCCGAGCAAUUCUCCACAAGACUCUACGGCAGCUUUAAAAAACGCGUUAUCUUCAGAUGUUGCUAAAGGGGAGUCAAACCAGGCUUUGGAAUCGAUUUUUGGAAAAUCUACAGGCUAUCUGACCAUGGAAGAGGGUCAAAAAGCUUUACUAAUCGCCUGUGGCCUCAUAAAGCAACGUGUUCCAGCUAUGAUCAUGCAGGCUGUGCUUCAGUUAUGUGCUCGUCUAACGAAAACACAUGCUUUAGCUAUCCAGUUUCUGGAAAAUGGAGGUUUAUCUUCACUUUUUAAUCUUCCGAAAAAAUGUUUUUUCCCGGGGUAUGAUACCGUUGCAUCUGUUAUUGUUCGGCAUCUUGUUGAAGAUCCUCAAACUCUCCAAACUGCUAUGGAAUCUGAAAUACGACAGACCUUGAGUGGGAAGAGACAUAUAGGUAGGGUAUUACCUCGGACAUUCCUCACAACAAUGGCGCCUGUAAUUUCAAGAGAUCCGGUUGUUUUUAUGAAAGCUGUGGCUUCAACUUGUCAGUUGGAGUCAUCAGGAGGGAGGGACUUUGUGAUACUGUCAAAGGAAAAAGAAAAGCCAAAAGCUUCUGGCAAUGAACACGGACUCUCUUUGAAUGAACCCCUUGGAAUAUCUGAAAAUAAGCUUCAUGAUGGGUCAGGAAAAUGUUCAAAAAGCCACAGAAGAGUCCCUGCUAACUUCAUCCAGGUUAUUGAUCAGCUUAUUGACAUUGUCUUGAGUUUUCCUAGGGUGAAUAGACAAGAAGAUGAUGAAACCAAUUUAUUUUCGAUGGAGGUUGAUGAGCCGACUACUAAAGUGAAGGGUAAAUCAAAAGUUGGUGAUCCGGAGAAAGCAGAACUUGGAUCUGAAAAAUCUGAAGAAUUGGCCAGGGUAACAUUCAUUUUGAAGUUGUUGAGUGAUAUUGUUCUCAUGUACUUGCAUGGUACCAGUGUAAUACUGAGGCGGGAUACAGAAAUAUCUCAACUUCGAGGAUCCAAUCUACCUGAUGAUUCACCUGGAAAUGGAGGGUUAAUUUACCAUGUCAUUCACCGAUUGCUUCCUAUAUCUCUCGAAAAGUUUGUUGGACCUGAAGAAUGGAAGGAGAAACUGUCUGAAAAGGCUUCCUGGUUUCUCGUCGUUUUGUGCAGUCGUUCCAGUGAAGGGCGUAGAAGAAUAAUCAAUGAGCUUUCGAGGGUUUUAUCCGUAUUUGCGUCUUUGGGAAGGAGUUCGAGUAAAAGUGUUCUAUUACCUGAUAAAAGAGUUCUUGCUUUUGCUGACCUGGUUUAUUCGAUCUUGACAAAGAAUUCAUCUUCAAGCAAUGCACCUGGUUGUGGCUGCUCACCUGACGUUGCAAAGAGCAUGAUAGAUGGGGGAACUAUUCAGUGUCUGACCAGUAUCCUUAACGUGAUUGAUCUUGACCACCCUGAUGCUCCAAAGCUUGUCACUCUUAUUCUCAAGUCUCUUGAGAUAUUAACGAGGGCUGCAAAUGCUGCUGAGCAGCUAAAGUCAGAAGGACCCAACGAGAAAAAAAGCACCGAUUCUGAUGAGAGACAUGAUAGUCAUGGAACUUCAACUGAGGCUGAAGUUGGUGAGCUGAAUCAAAAUAAUAGCAGUCUACAGCCNUCAAANGGUUCGAGUCAAACCCAGGCUAUGCCUCAGGAGAUGAGGAUAGAGGGCAAUGAGACAAUACUGCCUGAGCCUAUUCAGAUGGAUUUCAUGCGAGAAGAGAUUGAUGGUGAUCAAAUAGAAAUGAGUUUUCAUGUUGAAAAUAGGGCUGACGAUGAUGUAGAUGAUGAUAUGGGCGAUGAAGGGGAGGAUGAUGAAGGAGAUGAUGAAGACGCAGAUUUAGUGGAAGAUGGAGCUGGUGUUAUGUCUCUUGCUGGAACUGAUGUGGAAGACCCUGAAGAUACUGGCCUUGGAGAUGAAUAUAAUGAUGACAUGAUUGAUGAGGAUGAGGAUGAUUUCCACGAGAAUCGUGUAAUAGAGGUGCGGUGGAGGGAAGCUCUUGAUGGCCUGGAUCACUUCCAGAUUCUUGGGCGAUCUGGUGGUGGAAAUGGUUUUAUUGAUGAUAUUACAGCUGAGCCUUUUGAAGGUGUGAAUGUGGAUGAUCUGUUUGCUGAACGGAGACCCUUGGGUUUCGAGCGUAGACGUCAAACGGGCAGAUCAUCUUUUGAUCGAUCUGGUUCAGAAGUACAUGGUUUUCAGCAUCCGCUCUUCUCCAGACCUUCACAAACUGGCAUUACAGCGUCAGUGUCAGCAAGUGCUGGCAGCAUAUCCAGGCAUUCAGAAGCUGGCAGCUAUGACGUAGCACAGUUUUACAUGUUUGAUACACCUGUUCUACCAUUUGAUCAUGUUCCACUUGAUUCUUUCAGUGAUCGUUUAGGAGGUGGUGGGGCACCUCCUCCAUUGACUGAUUAUUCUGUUGUUGGUAUGGAUUCAUCAAGAAGAGGGGUUGGUGAUAGUCGGUGGACUGAUAUAGGUCAUCCUCAGCCAAGUAGCCUUUCUGCUUCAAUUGCCCAGUUGAUAGAAGAACAUUUUAUUUCCAACUUGCGUGCUUCUGCUCCAGCAGAUACUAUUGUUGAAAGGGAGACUAAUACCACAGAAGUCCACGAGCAGCAACACCCAAUUGUUCCUCCAUCUGUUGGAAGUGAAACUGUUUUGGGGGAUGGUAAUGAAGGUGGUCAACAAAGUGAAGAACGUGAACUGUUAAAUAACAAUGAAAAUGUUAAUAACCCACUUGAUGCAACGGCUGGAAGUUUCUCUCAGGCUCAAGCUAAUCUAGCUUCUCCAGUCGUCCGAGAUGCAGGUGAAAGUCCGCAGCCUCUUCCUUUGAACAGUACACCUAAUGAGAUUGAUAGAAUGGAAGUUGUGGAAGGUGAUGGAGCACCUAUUGAGCAAGCAGACCGCGAAACAGUGCAUCUUAUCUCCACUGCCCAUGGUCAAGAUGUGUCUGUAACCGUGACCCCUUCUGCAGUUGAUGAUCCUGAUUCUAAUUUUCAACCAAGUGUUGAUGUAGAUAUGAGUGGCGAUGGUGCAGAGGGAAAUCAAAGUGUGCAACCUUCACCUUUGAACCGUGACAACAAUGAGCUCUCAUCCAUGGAAGCUACACAAGUUGUGAGAAGUGAUGAACAAGUUGAUGAAGGUAGCUUGGAUGGUGGGGCACCUGAAACGAAUGCCAUCGAUCCUACGUUUUUGGAAGCUCUCCCUGAAGAUUUGCGGGCAGAAGUCCUUGCUUCUCAGCAAGCUCAGUCUGUCCAGCCUCCAACUUAUGAACCACCUCCAGUAGACGACAUAGAUCCUGAAUUUUUGGCUGCACUCCCCCCGGAUAUCCAAACAGAAGUUCUUGCUCAACAAAGGGCACAAAGGAUGGUACAGCAGUCACAAGGACAACCAGUUGACAUGGAUAACGCUUCAAUUAUUGCUACUCUACCUGCUGAUUUACGUGAAGAGGUUCUCUUAACUUCUUCAGAAGCAGUUUUGGCAGCUUUGCCUUCACCUUUACUUGCAGAAGCGCAGAUGCUCAGAGACCGAGCAAUGAGUCACUAUCAGGCUCGUAGUAGUGGUUUUGGAAGUAGCCACAGGCUGAAUAAUCGGAGGAAUGGUUUGGGUUACAAUAGGCUGACAGGGAUGGACAGGGGUGUUGGAGUCACUAUUGGUCAGAGGGCUGUUUCAUCUUCUGCAGAUGGCUUGAAAGUUAAAGAGGUUGAAGGAGACGCUCUUGUGAAUGCUGAUGCCUUGAAAUCACUAAUCAGGCUAUUACGACUAGCACAACCGUUGGGAAAAGGCCUUCUGCAGAGGGUUCUAUUGAAUCUUUGUGCUCACAGCGGUACAAGAGCAAACCUGGUUCAACUUUUACUGGAUAUGAUUAGGCCAGAGAUGGAAACAUCACCAAGCGAGUUGGCAAUAACUAAUCCGCAAAGACUCUAUGGCUGUCAAUCAAAUGUUGUUUAUGGUCGAUCCCAGCUGUUGAAUGGUCUUCCUCCUUUAGUGUUCCGUCGGGUGCUUGAGGUUUUGACUUACUUGGCGACAAAUCAUUCUGCUGUUGCUGACAUGUUGUUUUACUUUGAUUCGUCACUUCUAUCCCAGUUGUCAAGCCCAAAAGCCUCUGUAUACGAAGGCAAGGGUAAAGAGAAAGUUACUCAUGUGGCAGAUCCCCGGGAUCUGGAGAUACCUCUGGUUGUCUUCCUAAAACUGCUUAACCGGCCUCAGCUUUUGCAGAGUACAUCUCAUCUAGCGCUGGUCAUGGGUUUGCUGCAAGUUGUUGUCUACACAGCAGCAUCCCGAAUUGAGGGUUGGUCUCCGUCAUUAGAAGAACCUGAGAAAUCAGAAAACAAACCCGUCGGUGAAGAAGCUUCAAGUGAAACACAAAAAGAUGCUGAAUCUGAGCGAGUGGAUGAAGCUGAGCUAUCUGUUGCAAGAAAAAAGAAUUGUGCUGAAAUAUAUAACAUAUUCUUGCAUUUGCCACAGUCUGACCUCGGCAAUCUUUGCAUUCUUCUUGGAUAUGAAGGGUUAUCGGAUAAAAUUUACUCAUUAGCGGGAGAGGUACUGAAAAAGUUGGCUGCUGUAGAUGUGGCUCAUCGCAAGUUUUUCACGAAAGAACUCUCAGAAUUAGCGAGUGGUUUGAGUGCCUCAACUGUCCGCGAGCUGGCAACAUUAAGCAAAACACAGAAGAUGAGUCACAGUACAGGUUCCAUGGCGGGGGCUUCAAUUCUCCGUGUUCUGCAAGUGCUUAGCUCACUAACUUCCCCUAUUGAGGAUAGCAAUGCGGGAACUGAAAGGGAAACUGAACAGGAGGAACAAAACAUUAUGAAGAGACUGAAUGUGGCAUUAGAGCCUUUGUGGCAGGAACUUAGCCAGUGUAUCAGUAUGACGGAGUUGCAGCUGGAUCAUACUGCAGCUACAACAAAUGUUAACCCCGGAGAUCAUGUUCUAGGGAUCUCUCCUCAGUCCUCUCUUUCUCCUGGAACUCAGAGGCUCCUGCCUCUUAUUGAGGCUUUCUUUGUACUCUGUGAAAAGAUUCAAACUCCGUCAAUGUUACAGCAGGAUGCAAAUGUGACAGCGGGAGAAGUAAAGGAGUCGUCUGCUCAUGGUUCAUCAUCCAAAUCCAGUGUAGAUUCUCAGAAAAAGUCUGAUGGCUCUGUUACAUUUGCAAAGUUUGCGGAGAAGCAUAGGCGACUCUUGAAUUCAUUUGUUAGGCAAAAUCCGAGUUUGCUAGAGAAGUCUCUUUCAAUGAUGCUCAAGGCGCCUAGGCUGAUUGAUUUUGACAACAAGAAAGCGUACUUCAGGUCAAGAAUAAGGCACCAACAUGAUCAACAUAUUUCUGGGCCAUUGCGUAUUAGUGUCCGCCGAGCUUACGUGCUGGAAGAUUCGUACAAUCAGUUACGUAUGCGCUCCCCACAGGAUCUGAAGGGACGUCUGAAUGUGCAGUUUCAAGGUGAGGAAGGUAUUGAUGCCGGUGGUCUUACCAGAGAAUGGUAUCAGUUAUUGUCAAGAGUUAUAUUUGACAAAGGAGCGUUGCUCUUCACUACUGUUGGAAAUGAUGCCACCUUCCAACCGAAUCCCAAUUCUGUUUAUCAAACUGAGCAUCUAUCAUACUUCAAAUUUGUUGGUCGCAUGGUGGCAAAGGCAUUGUUUGAUGGGCAGCUUUUGGAUGUCUAUUUCACUCGUUCCUUUUAUAAGCACAUACUCGGUGUGAAGGUGACUUAUCAUGACAUUGAGGCGGUGGAUCCUGAUUACUACAAGAAUUUGAAGUGGCUAUUAGAGAAUGAUGUGAGCGACAUACUCGACCUCACAUUUAGUAUGGACGCAGAUGAGGAGAAACAUAUUCUUUACGAAAAGACUGAGGUGACGGACUAUGAGCUUAAACCUGGAGGACGAAACAUACGGGUAACAGAAGAAACAAAACAUGAGUAUGUUGACCUUGUGGCCGGCCACAUACUUACCAAUGCUAUUCGGCCUCAAAUCAACGCCUUCCUCGAGGGCUUUAAUGAAUUGAUACCUCGUGAGCUUGUAUCGAUUUUCAACGAUAAAGAGCUUGAGCUCCUAAUAAGUGGGUUGCCUGAGAUUGACUUUGAUGAUCUAAAAACCAAUACCGAGUAUACCAGCUACACGGCAGGAUCCCCAGUUAUUCAUUGGUUCUGGGAAGUCGUUAAAGCUUUUAGCAAAGAAGACAUGGCUAGAUUUCUUCAAUUUGUCACCGGAACAUCAAAGGUUCCUUUGGAAGGCUUCAAGGCACUGCAUGGUAUUUCUGGCCCUCAAAGACUACAAAUCCACAAAGCAUAUGGAGCUCCGGAGCGGCUGCCAUCAGCUCAUACAUGUUUUAACCAACUAGACCUCCCUGAGUAUCAGUCUAAAGAACAACUACAGGAACGCCUGCUACUUGCCAUUCAUGAAGCGAGUGAAGGUUUUGGGUUUGCCUGAACAAAGCUUCUUUCUGGAAACCGUCACCUUUAGAAUCAGUGAAAACCCAUCAAUCCUUCAUUCUUUUGACUCCUCUGUACAUAUCUCGAAGAUUUUCAGGCAGGAUAAGGAGAAAGAGCUUUUGAUUAAAGACUGCAGCAGAAUGAAUAGAAAAACUCAAGGGGGCUAUUUUUGUUUGUCCAUAUAUGAUGUUAGUAUUAGUCUAUUAUUAGGGUUUCUUUCUCUCUCUCUCUCUCUCUCCUUAGAUUUUGUAAAUCAAAAAUCCUUUAAAAAUAGUUGCAAACUUCCCAAAGAUUAGUAGUUUGAUAUUUGCUAUCCAUUUUUUAGUAGCAAAAUAAGAGGAAAAUUACAUAA